AUGCACUGGGUAGCAGCAAAAUUAUAUUAUCUUCGUUAUAUUUCAAUCGAUCGAUUAAUUUCCAUAGUUUUUAUUCAUAAUUAUUUAUUGAUAUGGUCAAUAGCUAUAUUUUGUUCUUUAAUUCUUCCUGUAUUAUUCAUAUUUGCACCAUCAUCACUUCGUACAACUCGUACAUCACAUUUUCUUAUUAUUUGUAUUGUAUGUUUAUCAAAUAUGUGUUCUCUUUAUGUUCAAGCAUAUAUGAUAAGUGGUAAAGGUGAACCAAAUUUAUCAUAUCAUACAUGUCGUUUUAUUGUUUAUAUAUCAACAUUUGCUAAACCAAUUGGAAUUUAUUUAACAUUGUUAUUUAGCAUUGAAAGAUUACUUACAAAAAUUUUAUCAAAAUUUCUUGUACGUUUUAUUAAUCAUCGUCAAUUAUGUCAAAGAUUAUAUACAUUAUUAAUUUUUCUUAUUACAAUUAUAAUAGUAUCCAUCCGAUUAUUUGAAGUUUUAAACGUAAUUAUACGAAAUCAGUCUGUAGUAAAUCAAACAUUGAUUAGUUAUAUCUAUUCAUAUCGAAAUAUAAAAGAUACAAGUAGUAAUUCAACAGAUCGUUCUAUUAAAUUUAAAUAUUGUUUUAAUUCAAUGAAUAUAGAUAGAUAUGCUAAAUUUCUUUCAUUUUAUGUUAUACAAUAUUGGUUUGAACAGUUUGCAUUAAUUAUAAUUAUUCUUAUUUUAUUAAUUUUUAUUAUUCAUCAAUAUUGUUUACCACGUAUUCAACAACGAAAUUUACCACUUCAUUUUAGUGUGAAUACAAAACUUUAUUUAUCACUUGCAUCAUGUGUUAUUGCAUCAGAAUUAAUUUUACUUUUCUGUCAUUUUAUUAUCGAUCAUAUUCAUUAUAAUAAUAGAGAUGUACAAAUAACAUCACUACAACUUAUGUUAUUUGCAUUCAAUUUUCGUUGUAUCUUUCUUCCAUGUAUUGUUCUUACAACGACUUGUGAUCCAUUAAAACAAUUUUUAUUUGAAAUAUUUAUUUCACGACCUUAUCUCGAUGAUAUCGAUGAAAAUGAUACUAUAAAUACAAUAAAUAAUCAAUCAGAACUAUUUUCAUCUACACAACAAACAAGUAAUCGUCUCCAACAAAAAUUUCGGCAUACAUUUACAAAAAACAAAACUAAUAACAAUGACGAAUACUUUGAUAAUGAAGAAUCACACGUUGAUUUUUGA